AAUUGCUCCUAUUGCCUAUAACUGAAGUCCUGAAUUUUUAUUAAUACUUUUGAGGUGCUAUUAUUGUACAAACACUCUAGUUUCGUGGAAAACAUGGUAGUAUUAGUUUUCCCUUGAUUUCUCCAGAGAAAGCAAUAAGCUUGGUUUACUUUAUUUUGUACUUGCGAGUUGGGCGUAUUAUUGAAUUGCAAAAAGAGUAGGAUUUUUGAGGUCGAAAAUUCGACGAAUAUUAAAGUGUCCUAUAAUUGCUCCACUACUUCACUCCACAAGCUCACGUAAAUCUUCCAUUUCUGCCUCAAAAAAAACAUGACUGUCAUUUAACUAGCUCUCUCUACGGUACCAAGUAUAUAAAGUACAAAAUCUUGUAAUCAUCCCGCAAGUCUUUUCUGCAAAGACUAUAAUGAAUGAAACGUAUGGAGAAAUAGACCAAGGGGUUGGAGUUGGUGGGGGAGGCAAGUCACACCAAGAAGAUGACGAUAAUCUGGUCCUCUGGGUGGGUAACCUGGAUAGUCGAACGACGGAGACAAUGGUGUAUGAGCUAUUUUGCCAGGCUGGACCAAUCUUGCACAUCCGUCUCCCUAAAAACCCUGAUGGCCAAGGGCACAAAGGGUAUAGUUUCGUCACGUUCCAGCACGAAGCAUCUGUUCCAUAUGCGAUUAAUGUAAUGGAGGGGACAACCUUAUUUGGGAAAAAGUUAAAACUUCAGCCCAGGCCUGGAUCUGUUCACCGAAAGUUGAUGGAUCAAAAAAAGGCUUCGGAGCAAAGACAAGAUAAUAAUUUCCAAGGGCAGGGACAACCUCAAAUGUCCCCUCAACAGCAAGUUCCCCCACCACAGCAACAGUGGUUUCACCCUCAAAUGGCUCAAGUUUCACCCAACAUGUUUCUCUAUCAGAAUCAGUUGUAUCAAUCUUUCACCCCCUCUCCCAAUCUUAAUAUGAACGUAAUGGCGAUACCCUUCCAGCCUGCAGCGGCUGCGCAAAUAGCGUCCCCAUUUGUGCAGCAAAUUCCGGUGCAACCACCACCGGGGUCCAUGCCCUCGCUGCCACAACAGCAACAACACGGCAGAAACCCCAGAAUGCAAAAUGGUUACAAUAACUAUAGCGGGGUUCCCCCACAACAACAACAACAGCAGCUCAGGACAGCUAGUCCUCAUCAGCAGCACCAACAACCACCACCGGGGGCUAAUACUAGUCAUUACAACAAUGGUCCCCAACAGAUGAAUGGUCAAGGACAACAUCAACAACAGUACCACCAUCAGUCUAGAGGAGGAGGCGGCGGUCAUUAUCAAAGUCAGAGGGGAGGAAGUAGACCCCCCCAACAACGUAAUGGUGGGUAUAGUAAUGGAUCCCUAGCAAACAAUAACUCAAGAAUGCCGUACCAUCAGCAACAACCAAGGUUGUCUAACCCGGUGCAGCAACAGCAGCAGCAAUAUAUGAUGAAUACGUUUCAAGGGCAAGUGCCGCUUGUCCAAUCCCCCGACUUCCGUCGAGGUAACCCACCUCCACAGCAGCAACAACAACAGCAAAAUUUCCCACAUGGCGGUCAGAAUUAUGGAAACCCUCCAGCUUCCAACGGGUUUCAUAAUGUCCAUGUAUACCACUACUAGUCUAGCACUUUUCUCCAGUUAGUUAGGUGGUUAGUUUGUUAGUUAGUUCUACUUGCUAGCUACUAGCUAGUUGGUUGACGAAGCAUGGAUAUCAAUUGCAAUCCAAGUCAUACUGGAUCUCAAAAAUUGUAAACUGAACUGGAUGAACCGUCGUUCGUGGUCUUUAAUGAGUAUUGGUCAUUUCCGAAAUCGAAACACCUACCUAACUUUAACUGUCAAAGGCAACUUUUUUAAUUUGACAAACUGUAUUGUGUGUGUUACAUUACAAUGCAUAGACUUCUUGAAACAUCAUCAGAUAACAUCAAUCUUUAUCCGGUCGUCAUAUAAUAAUAGUUGGCAAUCGUGUAAUCUCUUCUACAUGCAUGUUGUCAAAUAACACUGAAGGAGGUACAGAAGAUAGGAUACUAACUAUAUCCAGUCAAAUAAUGAAAAUUGCAUUAUACAAUGCCGCACACACUUCGACUCAGUUAUGUUGUCUCGUCAUAAUGUCACAUAAUUUCUGAAUGAAUGAAUGAGUGCCCUUAUUUCAAUCAACGAAUUGCUGGCCCCUGAACUUGUGACUGAUUUGAAAGCUUAAAAAAGAUGGGAGUUCAUAAGCAAUAAUUUUACAAAGAAAAUUGUAGUAAGGCAUUUUGGUCGGUAUCAUGUAUUCAAUGCAGCUCAACAAACACAUAACACCAACCAGUCAACAAGGUCCCUCGUUCUGAAUGAUGAAGAUAAUAGAUCUAUAAUAUUCAGAUCUCAAACCAGAUUAUUUAACUUUAUAUCGCCAGGAUUUAUACCCACCAUGACAGAACAAGAUGAAAACGACAAGAUGAGAUUUUUGAGGUUAGAAAUUUAGUGUUGAGAUGAGUGUAGGUGCAUUAGACCAACAAGAGAAAGUAGCUCAACAAAAUCCUAUGAAAACAACGAGAAAAUAGCGAGGGUUAUUAUUGGUGGUCUGCAGUUCUAGUAUAAUUGUCAUCUCUCUUUUUUGGUCUUUAAUAAUCCUUUAUUGGUUCUUUUUAUGGAAAUGUACUAAAUAAUGACGGUUGAUUUGAAGUUGCACAUGUUUUAUUAUGAAACCUCACUUUCAACUUGAUGAUCUAUGAUCAGUUACUUACAGACAACAGACAGACAGUGCAAGUAACUGGUUGGGAACCAUAAAUAAAUCAUUUCAGAUUUAAUUAGACAUAUAAUUAAGCCUAGAAGAAGACCUCCGUCACCACACCCCACCACCAUCUUUUAGAGACAGACGCACCCAUCAAACUAUUUAAUUAACAUAAAAUGACCCACAGUACACGACGACAAAGGAACAAUUGAUGAGUAUGUCUUUAUUAUCUUGAUGAACUAUAUUUGUAGGUGUUUUAAAACGUGUUCUCAAAUUUUGUACAUUCAAUAUUUUAGUAACUUGUUACUCUUUUCAUUAUUGCGUACGUGUUGUAGCGAUCAAUUUACUUUUCGCCGAAACGUUUAUGAAAUAAAUCGUGUUGUGGUUUCAAAAA